CAGCAGAUGAGGGGUUAAUUCUCUUUUUGCCCCAGGCCAUACCCCCAUAACAUGGAGUUACAUUUUUAUUAUGUAUCAUCAGACCAGGACCGACCCCUUAGCACAGGGAAUCGCUUGAGGUGAGAGAUCUUACUCCAGACUCCUGGGUGACUGAAUGGUUGGGAUGGCUGUGGCCCCCAGGGAUUAGGGGCCCAAGAACGCCAUAUUCCAAUCCCAACUCCCUGGAUCAAAACUGACAAUCGGAUCCCCAUCAGAUCUGAUCGGAUGAAUAUGGAGAGCACGUUUUUCGUAGAGGGGGUCUACCCAGACUUUACUCUGCUGGAGGAGGUGCUUUUACCCCCCUGUCUGGAAGCGAAUUCCUGCUCGGAAACUCAUCAGAUAAGUGAGUGGACGAGAACAGGUGCGGAGCCGCAGUACGUAGAAUCACCACAAGGUGUCGCUGUUGGAAACGGCCCGCCAAGCGCAUCGAAUUGCGAAGCCAGAGAUCUACCAGCAGGGGGCGUAGGAUCUAAACGAGCGAAGCAAUACCGAGCUGCGGUCACCAGGGGGAGCAGGAAGAAGCGUAAGAACAGGUGCAGUGAAUCUAAAGCCCCGAUCAGGUGUCCCUCACGUAGACAAGUCAGCAGGUCCCAGAAGCAAAGGGAAAAAAUGGAAUAUUUGAUACAAACACCCCCAGAACCUAAUAUUCUAUACCUCAUGCAAGAAAGUGCAAAGUUUCUUCCUGAGUUGGAAAACCGAGUGUGUGACCCGUCCUGCUCAGAAGAGCCUCGUGGUGUGUAUGGAGGACUCUAUGUCCCUUCUAGAAAGCCUCCGGGCUCCACCUUGCUCAGCACAAAUCAUUCCUCACUAAAUUACAAUGCCAUGGAACUGUUAAACCUCAUCAGUACCAAGUGUUCUGGUUUGCAUAAAUUAGAUGGAGACCAAGAAAUGGUAAAGGAAGACACAAGAGUAGGAGUAGGCGAGGCGAAGAACCUUGUUGGAGGAAUGGUGAAGGCAAAGGAAAAUGGUUCUCCUACUGCGGAGAAAGAACAUAUUGCCAUUGAGACUCAGAAAGAUGAAGAAAGAGUUCCGGAAAGGCAAGAUCCUUCCUUGAAAAGCAUAGCUACAGAACAGUCUGUACCCAAUGCAGCAGUCCCUUGUACUUCAGGUAAAGUACUCAUGAAUGCAGGAGAUGAACAGAGAGAGGACAAGUCUCUGGAAGGGGUGAGCGCCCUUAUAAAGGCUUCUUUAGAUCAAGAGCUGUGUAGGAGGAAGACCCCAAGGAAACAGAGGACUCCAUCCAAAAGUAUGCAAAAGCUUGACCCCUCGUUCCAAGGAAUCGAAUUUCAGAUGCACUUGAGUUUAGAGAAGGAGAGUUGUGGGGAUUAUCGGCUCAUAGCGACAUCGCUUUACAGCAAGAGGAAGACUCGCCAUGGGAGCAUAAAAUCCAAACGCAGGUUAAACUCCAUCUCAUUGUCGAGCAGCUCUGAAGAUGAUCAGCCUUCUGUACUGACAAAACAGAGCAAACGAUGUGCAUCUUGCAAAACCCAGAAGACCCCUCUCUGGAGAGAUGCUGAGGAUGGGACACCUCUUUGUAACGCAUGUGGGAUCCGGUAUAAGAAAUAUGGGGUGAGAUGUUCCGACUGCUGGACCAUCCCUAAGAAAGAUGGCAAGACCUACUCCAGAUACUGCGGUUGUGGGGGGACCUUCCGAGCCCCAGUUUAAGAAACCACAUUACACACUGGUGUUGCAUAGAUUUAUGAACUGAAGUUAGCGGCCAUUGUUCCCUGUUUUGUGCCAUGUGCUUAAUCAAAUCCCAUGACACGGUUUACGUUGUAAGACCAAAGGAAAGUUUGGUUGAAACAUAAUAAAAUAUUUAUAUUGUUGUA